UGGCACAUGAGAACAGGGGCUUUAGUCAGCAGAGACGCCCGCGCCGCUGUUAGUCAUUUGGUUAACGCAAGCUUCGAAUCCCCGCAUUUGUUUAAAACAAAAAGCCCAGCUCCCCAGCGUCGCGUCGCGUCGCGUCACCUUCAUCAAUCUCGCUUUCUUAAGCUUCUAAAUCACCUACCAUGGCAGAACAGGUCCGGUCGGAAAUUAUCAGAAACAAUCCCAUCGGUAAAGGCCUUGAGACUUUCCUUGCGUCGUUUAAUUCUCUCUGUGAGAGUAAAGACAUCCCUUAUUCGAGACUGGCCUUUAAUCAACUUGAUGAUGAAGAUCUCCAAAAUGUUAUUCUCGACCUCCUAUUAGCGUUACAACAGCUUAAGGUAUCUCGUCUGCUUCGGUUUGACAGCAAGACUCUAUUAACCGACUUAUCAAGGCUUACCUCUGUCGUUGCCUCUAAUAACUUCGACUUCGACCGUGUUAAACCUCUUUUACGAGCAGUUGUCGCUAAGGAACCUGAUGAGGAGAUCUGGGCCCAAGUUUAUCAUGCUAUUACCGAAUCCACCCCACCGCCCCGAUCGAUCGCUUCUCACCUCAAGCAGACGCCGUCGUCCUAUAAUAUGGUCAGUAUCGUAAACUCUUCGGAACGCCGUAGGGAUACAGAUGAUGUGCUUAAGGAGGAUCUCGGACCCAUGUACGUCGAUAUCCCAGGGUUUCAUGAGGCCUUCUUCGGUAGCAUUCCGGAGCUAGAAAGCGCAUCUCAAAAUAUCUUUCAAAAGUGUUCCGAGGGGCCGGAUCCAUUCUUUUGCCAAGGAUGGACUGGAUGGCCGAGAGACGCCAAGGAACCUGCUGUCCUGAGCUGGCUUCAAACGAUAAUCGAACAACUUAUACGGUGGGCUCAAGAUUACAGACCAACACCGAUACGAGGAUUAUUGGCAGAGCCGAACAAGCCGCUCGGAGGCUCGACGGCAAAGCGUAAACUGGAAGUUGGCAUCGUAAGCCGCCCCGAGGCUUUGGCAGAUUGGUCUCAGAUUCUCAUCCCCGGUGAGCUGAAAAGUAAUCCAAAGGAAGACCGACAAAAUGCGGCGUGGUUCGACAUCGGAAAAUACGUUAGGGACGUAUUUGCCGCACAAGAUACCAGACGCUUCGUCUUAGCUUUUACUCUCUGCGGAUCUCUUAUGCGUGUGUGGGAGUUCGACCGCCUUGGCGGGAUCGCCUCGACGCAGUUCGAUAUCAACGAAGACGGGCUCCAGUUCGUGUCGACGAUUCUCGGCUUUCUGUGGCUAGAGGAGAAGGGCCUAGGAUUUGACCCAACUUUCGUCCCGUCCGACGGCGAGCGGUGCAUCGAGAUAAUCCGGGGCGGAACGCCGGAACGCAUCGUGAUCGACGAGGUUAUGGCACGAGUGCGUUGCAUCGCAGGUCGGGCAACCACAUGUUGGAAGGCUCACCCGGAGGGGCACCCAGCUACGACGCUCGUCAUCAAAGACUCGUGGCAGUACCCCGAGCGGGACGCGGAGGGCGAGCUAUUACUCGAGGUAACCGAGAAGGGCGUCUGCAACGUGGCCAGGUACUAUUACCACGAGACCGUCCAUGUCGAUGGCGGUGUCGAUGAUGUCCAACACGGCAUCCGAAAAGGGUUAGAUUCUACCAGAGCCUCUAACUACCAGCCGCAAGGUUUGGAUACGCGUAGCGUUUCCCAGAUUUCUCAGAUUUCUCAGAGUAGCACGGCCGGCCAGAAGAGGUCAUCCAGCCAAACUGGUGCGCGCUUGCCGUCGAGCAAGCGACCCCGCUCGGAAUCUCCGAUUAAAGUAGACCUGGCUCACCGCAGUGCACCACAGAAUCGCAUCCAUCGGCGUGUUAUUGUUCGUGAUUAUGGGCAGAAUAUCUAUAAAGCGAGUUCGCCUGUGGCUCUCCUUGUUGCAAUAGAGGGUUGUAUCCGGGGACACGAGUCCCUAUUGCGCAAGGCCGGUAUCCUUCAUAGAGACAUAUCAAUUAACAACCUUAUGGUCAACGAGGACAACAGAAACCCUUCCUGGCCAAGUUUCUUGAUCGAUCUAGACCUCGCUAUUAAAGAACAGAGAGACGGUGCUUCGGGCGCGAAGGGAAAGACCGGCACGAGGGCUUUUAUGGCAAUCGGGACGCUCCUAGGCGAGCUGCAUACUUUCAUGCAUGACCUGGAAUCCUUUUUUUGGGUGCUGUUUUGGAUAUGCAUACACUACGGCGGACUAGGGAAGGGUAAGGCCAUUGAGCGGUUUGAGCCAUGGAAUUAUAUGAACACAGAGGUAUUAGCUGAACAGAAAAUCGGUAUCAUAACAAGGGAGUCGCAUUUUAUCGACACGUUCACUCGACAUUGCAACCCAUACUAUAAGUCUUUGAUCCCUUGGGUCAAUAGGUUGCGGAGGGUUGUAUUUGAUAAUAGUAGGCAAGGGGCAGAUCUGGCGUUGUAUUCCCGCAUGCGGGAGGUCCUUCGCGAAGCUCAAAAGGACAAGGAGGUGAUAGGUAAUACGGCGAGCAGCUGAUGUUCAUUUAUCCUUUUUUUUCUCAUUGCUCCAUACUAACGCGAAUCAACGGAAAGGAUUAUGCAUUACGCCUUGCCUGAACCGCCACCCUUAAACUUUGCCUUUU